AUGCUCUCCAAAACUUCAUCCGCCAAGCCCGACAUCAUCCUUGUCGGAGCCGGCAUCGUUGGCUCCGCUCUUGCCUAUUCGCUCGGCAAGUCCGGCCGCCGGGUAGCUCUUCUCGAGAGAGACUUUGACGAGCCGGACCGUAUUGUCGGCGAGCUUCUUCAGCCCGGUGGUGUACGUGCACUCUCCAAAAUGGGCAUUGUCGAUACGCUUGAAGAUAUCGACGCUGUUCCUGUCGAAGGCUACCACGUAUUCUACGGUUCUCGCUCCGUACCUAUCCCUUAUCCGCAGGAAAGACCCGACCAAGCCGGCAGUGGCGUUGUCAGUAAUAGUGGCAGGGUUGAGGGUCGCAGUUUCCACCAUGGCAAGUUCGUUCAGUCUCUACGCAGCAAGGCUCUUCAUCAGCAAAAUGUCACCCCGUACGAAGCCACAGUACGAGAUCUGCUCAAAGACGCCGAAGGCAGAGUCGUUGGUGUCAGCGCUACGUGGAAGAAAGCGCCAGAGGGCAAACCAGCGGCUUUUGAGCUGCGUGCUCCUCUCACCAUUGUUGCUGAUGGCUGCUUCUCCAAAUUUCGACGUACACACGGAAGCUCAAUCCAACCCUUGGUUCGAUCCAACUUUGUCGGUCUUGAGCUGCACGAUGCUCCCUUACCUGCGCCGCACCACGGCCAUGUCGUCUUGUCCAAGAACGGUCCGGUGUUGCUGUAUCAGAUUGGCACCCACACCACACGUAUUCUGAUCGAUGUAGCCGGCGAAAAGCUACCUUCGGCAGCAAAAGGAGAUCUGCAAAAGCACGUCAACGAGAAUGUAAUUUCUCAGCUUCCAGAGCAGCUGCGCGAAUGCGUUCAAGUCGAAAUGGCCAAAGGUCAGCGAUUGCGCAGUAUGCCCAAUUCCUUCCUGCCGCCCAGCAUGCAGGGUCAGUCCGAACACGCAAAGGGAGUCAUCGUGGUCGGAGAUGCGAUGAAUAUGCGACAUCCUCUCACAGGCGGUGGAAUGACCGUCGGUCUCUGGGAUGCCGUUCAUCUCACAGAAGUGCUCGGUGGAUCAGAAUGGGCACCACUCUCUGGCGACAAACCAUCACGCGCUCCACUCGAACUCGCCAAUUGGUCUACCCUCAGCCCAGCAUUGCGCUCCUGGCACUGGAACAGGAAGGGUCUCUCUUCCGUCAUCAACAUUCUCGCACAAGCAUUGUACAGCCUGUUUGGCGCCGACGAUGCCAACCUCGAAGUGCUGCGAGAAGGUUGUUUCAAGUACUUUGAAAUGGGAGGCGAGUGUGUCAAUGGUCCUGUAUCGCUGCUUUCUGGACUGGCACCGAGACCGAUGCUCCUCGUUGGACACUUUUUCGCUGUUGCUGUAUACAGCAUCUAUGCGCUGUUCGCUCAUCCCAAAUUCUACCCUAAGGAGGGAAAGACGAGGAAGCCUUCACUAUUGGAAUACCCAGCGUUGAUCUGGCGAUCCAUCAUGGUUUUCUACACGGCAUGUAUCGUGCUGCUUCCGGUCGUUUUCACGGAGAUGAAGAGCAACGUUCCAAGGCUCACUCCUGUCACCGCAGCUUCAGGAACAAGUGGAAAGGGCGGUCAAUUGGCGAACGCUGGAUCUCUCAGGACGGACAACUUUGCCCUCGUCAGUGCCUCAAUUCUGCUGAUUGCAACCGUGAUGUUCUGGGGCAACGCGAGGGAUCCUGGUACAGCGAGAAACCUGUCCAAUUGGUUGGUCUUUCCCAAAGUAGGUGCCGGAGCGUCCUGA